CCCUAUCAUCACCAUAACACACAGCAGUGGUUAUGAAACGGAGGCAGUUUAAACCCAGCACGCUAUAACAGAUCCUUCCUGCGGCGAAUGGGUAUUGACAGUUUCUGCAGUUUGGACGGUUCUGAUCCGUUUUGGGAUUGGAACCGGACAUGGCAAACACACAAUCCAGACCUGACACCAUGUUUCCAGAACACACUGCUGGUUUGGAUACCCUCCCUCUACCUCUGGCUGUUUGCACCGUUCUACAUCCUAUACAUCAAAAGCCAUGACCGUGGAUACAUAUGCAUGACCCACCUCAACAGAGCCAAAACAAUUAUUGGGUUCACCCUAUGGCUUAUCUGCUGGGCAGAUGUUUUCUACUCUUUCUGGGAAAGAAGCCGUGGGGCUACAAUAGCCCCAGUCUACCUAGUCAGCCCCACAAUGCUUGGCAUUACAAUGUUGCUGGCUACGUUCUUGAUCCAGUAUGAGCGGAUGAAGGGAGUCCAGUCCUCAGGGGUGAUGCUCAAUUUUUGGCUGAUCGCCUUAGUGUGCGCUACAGUCACCUUUCGCUCCAAGAUCCUGCUUGCGUUGAAUGAACCUGCCAGUGUGGAUGUGUUCAAAUAUACCACAUUCUACAUAUAUUACACCAUGCUGCUCAUCUCUCUGAUCCUGGCCUGCUUCUCCGACCAGCCUCCGCUCUUUUCACAGGCUGUCAAAGAUUUGAAUCCAUGUCCAGAGUUGGGAGCUUCGUUCCUGUCCAAAAUCACUUUCUGGUGGAUCACAGGAUUGAUGGUGAAAGGUUAUAAAAGGCCUCUGGAGGAGAAGGAUCUGUGGUCGCUCAACGUGGAGGAUAAAUCUCAGAGAGUUGUGCCACAGCUAGUGCGGCGCUGGGACCAAGAAUGCAACAAGGUCAAAAGGCCAGUAGAUAAGACACUCUACUCCCCAAAACGAGCAGCAAGGGGAGAAAAGAAGGAUGGACAACCAAUAGAAGAGUCCGAGAUUUUGCUUGCGAAAACCCUUCAGAAAACUGGCGAUCCGUCUCUCUUCUGUGCUCUCUGCCGAACCUUUGGACCCUACUUUCUUGUCAGCUCUCUUUAUAAGAUUAUUCAUGACAUCCUGAUGUUUGUUGGACCAGAGAUUCUCAGGCUGCUUAUCCAGUUUGUGAACGAUUCAAGUGCCCCUACUUGGCUUGGCUACUUCUACACCACUCUGCUGUUCGUUUGUACCUGUUUUCAAACCCUCAUUCUGCAAAAAUAUUUUCACGUUUGCUUUGUGACUGGCAUGAGGUUACGUACGGCCAUCGUUGGUGCCGUAUAUAGGAAAGCCUUGGUUAUUACCAAUGCUGCCCGUCGAACAUCCACGGUCGGAGAGAUUGUGAAUCUGAUGUCUGUAGAUGCACAGCGGUUUAUGGACCUCAUCACCUAUAUCAACAUGAUUUGGUCGGCACCGUUGCAGGUUAUCCUGGCCCUGUACUUCUUGUGGCAGAAUCUGGGUCCUUCUGUGCUUGCUGGAGUUGCUGUGAUGGUGCUGAUGGUUCCCAUAAAUGCAGUCAUUGCCAUGAAAACUAAAACCUACCAGGUUGCCCAAAUGAAAAGCAAAGACAAUAGGAUCAAGCUUAUGAACGAGGUGCUAAAUGGCAUUAAAGUGCUUAAACUCUACGCAUGGGAACUGGCGUUCAAAGACAAAGUGUCUGCCAUCCGGGAGAGUGAAUUGCUGGUGCUGAAGAAGACCGCUUACCUUGGUGCCGUGUCCACCUUUACUUGGGUCUGCGCACCAUUUUUGGUUGCCCUCUCCACAUUCGCAGUAUACGUGUUAGUGGAUGAACAUAAUAUUCUGGAUGCGCAGAAGGCGUUUGUUUCUCUGGCUCUGUUCAACAUCCUGCGCUUCCCUCUUAAUAUGUUGCCCAUGGUCAUCAGCAGCAUGGUGCAGGCCAGUGUGUCUUUGAAACGUCUGCGUGUAUUUCUGUCCCAUGAAGAGUUGGAUGAAGACAGUGUGGACCGGCCAGCCAUCACUGGAUCUCCUGACUGCAUUAGGAUUGUGGACGGAGCUUUCAGCUGGUCUAAAGGCGACCCCCCU